AUUGACCUAACGUCUUAAUUACACAUUCAUUAUCGUAGGGUUUUCCUCGUACGUGUCAACCAACCCAUCGUCUCCUCCAAAUAUAUAUACAUGUAUGUGUGUGUGUCCUAUGUACAGGCAGUUAAGCAAACCUCAAUCAAUUGGAACAAGAGUGCCAAUGGCCGACUCCUCGCCCCACCUACACGUCGCCGUGCUGGCGUUCCCCUUCUCCUCCCACCCCGGCAGCCUGCUCCGCAUCGUCUGCCGGCUGGCGGCCGCCGCUCCAGACGUGACCUUCUCGUUCUACACCACGGAAGAGUCGAACAAAUCAUUGUUCUCGGUCCCAGCGCCGCCUAACCUGAAGGCCUUUCACCUCUCUGACGGCGUGCCGGAGGGGUAUGUAUUCUCCGGAAAGCCUCAGGAGGCUAUCAGCCUGUUCCUGGAGGCGGGGUACCAGAGCUGUAAGAAAGCGGUGCAGGCGGCGGAGGCGGAGAUUGGCCGGAGAAUCAGCUGCCUUAUGGCCGACGCAUUUCUGUGGUUCUCCUGUGACCUCGCGGAGGAGAUGGGUGUCGCCUGGAUCCCAGUUCGGACCGGGGGGGUGUUGUCACUUUCCGUUCAUGUUUACACCGAUUUGAUCCGGGACACCGUCGGAAUCAACGCUCUCGCUGGACGAGAAGACGAAAUCGUCAAGUUCAUUCCAGGGUUUUCGGGCGGGGUACGCCUGGGUGACUUGCCCAGCGGAGUCUUGUUUGGGAACCUAGAUUCUGCCUUCGCCGUCAUGCUCCACAAAAUGGGAAAAGUUCUGCGGAAAGCAAAAUUUCUUGCAGUAAACUCGUUCGAAGGUUUAGAAUCCGAGGCCAGCGAAGAUCUCAACUUCAACUUCACCAAGUUGCUGUAUAUCGGCCCCCUUAACCUCACAUGUUCGGCGCCGGCGACCGGACCAUCAUCUUUCUCCGAUGAGUACGGAUGCCUACAAUGGCUGGACUCGCAGAAGCCCGGGUCCGUGGCGUACAUCGGCUUCGGAACAGUGGGGACGCCGGCGCCGGACGAGCUGGUGGAGUUGGCCAAUGCUCUUGAAGCUAGAGCCACGCCAUUUCUCUGGUCGAUCAAAGACAGCCUGAAAAAGCAUCUACCGGAGAAACUGCUGGAGAGGAUCAACCGGACCGGAAAGAUGGUGCCUUGGACGCCUCAAGUACAGGUUCUGGCGCACGUUAGCAUUGGCGUGUUCAUCACUCAUUUUGGGUGGAAGUCGGUGAUGGAGAGCAUCACUGCCGGCGUGCCGCUGAUCGGCCGGCCAAUAUUCGCCGAGCAACAUCUGAACGGAUGGGUGGCGGAACACGUAUGGCGAAUCGGCGUGAAGGUUGGCGUCUUGAGGAAAGAUGCAACAAUCCGAGCUCUGGAUCUGGUUUUGUUGGAAGAAGGAGGGAAGAAGCUGAAGGAGAAUGCUGAGUGGUUGAAGGAGCUUGCCCACAAGGCUGCCGGAAAAAAUGGCAGCUCAACUCGGAACUUCGACAGCUUGGUAGAGUUUAUAAGGGCACAAAAAAAUCUGCAAGUGUAACUCGUAAAAAAAAAAUUGGGUGUUUUUAAAAGCAUUUAGUUGAAUUAAUGGCUUUCAAUUGAACUGAGGGGCGUUUGGUUAGAGAGAAAUUCUCAAGAUUUAUGUAAUUUUAUAUUUAGUUAGUUUUAAACAUCCUAAAAAAUGUUAGGUAUU